GCAUAAUGUCUGUAGACAAACCAACGCUCCGCUACAGUAGCAUUUUAGCUGCCGGCACUAGAAAUUGCCUUAUGAAAGCGGAAGAUCACUAGCUAACGUUAUAUCUCAGACUUUUACAUCCAUAGCCAUUGUGUUUUUGAAAGCGAGAGUUCUCCGGAAUCAAUUCUCAGAGGAACAUAAAUACGGAUCGAAAGCUACUUUAUACCGAGUGGCUCCUGUUCAAGCGAAUGUAGCAAAGGCUGAACGCUUCGCUCAUUCAUUUGUGGGACGGGACGGCGGGCGGCCCGUAAACAUGUAAAUAUAUAAACACAUACUGUAUAUAAACACACAUUGGUUUCCCUGGCAAGUACCUUAAUACACGAUGGCAACUGGUGCAGAUGUACGAGAUAUACUGGAACUGGGAGGCGGUGACAAUGACUCGGGACCCAUCAGUAAGAAGGACAUCAUUAACUCUGAUAAAAAAAAGUCAAAGAAGUCAACAGAGACACUGACAUUCAAACGGCCCGAGGGGAUGCACAGAGAGGUUUAUGCUCUCCUCUAUUCGGAUAAAAAAGAUGCUCCUCCACUGUUGCCUAGCGACACCACGCAGGGCUAUCGGACAGUCAAGGCCAAGCUGGGCUGUAAGAGAGUACGUCCCUGGAAGUGGAUGCCUUUCACUAACCCCGCCAGGAGAGAUGGCGCCAUAUUUCACCACUGGAGACGCCUGACGGAGGAGGGCAAAGACUACCCAUUCGCCCGCUUUAAUAAGACCGUUCAGGUGCCUGUGUACUCAGAGCAGGAGUAUCUCAUGUACCUUCACGAUGACGGAUGGACCAAAGCAGAGACAGAUCACCUGUUCGACCUCUGCAAGAGCUUUGAUCUGCGUUUUAUCGUAAUCCAUGACCGCUAUGACCACCAGCAGUUCAGGAAGCGGUCAGUUGAAGACCUGAAAGAGCGCUACUACAACAUCUGUGCCAAACUCUCAAAGAUCCGCGCUGGCACUGGGUGCGAACCCAAAAUCUACGUGUUUGACGCAGGACACGAGAGGCGUAGAAAGGAGCAGCUGGAAAGAUUGUUCAACCGCACCCCAGAACAGGUGGCAGAAGAGGAGUACUUGAUCCAGGAGCUUCGUAAGAUCGAGACACGGAAGAAGGAGAGAGAGAAGAAAGCCCAGGACCUGCAGAAGCUCAUCACGGCCGCAGACACCACCACGGAGAUGCGGCGGGCAGACCGGAAGGCCACGAAGAAGAAGCUUCCCCAGAAGAGGGAGACUGAGAAACCGGCUCUACCAGAGACAGCAGGCAUCAAGUUCCCUGACUUCAAAUCCGCUGGUGUCACGCUUCGUAGCCAAAGAAUGAAGCUCCCAAGCUCAGUGGGACAGAAGAAGAUUAAAGCCAUCGAGCAGAUCUUAACGGAGCAGGGAGUCGAUCUGAACCCCAUGCCCACUGAGGAGAUUGUGCAGAUGUUCAACGAGCUGCGCAGCGACCUGGUGCUGGUCUACGAGCUGAAGCAGGCGCACGCCAACUGCGAAUACGAGCAGCAGAUGCUGCGGCAUCGCUACGAGGCCCUGCUCAAGGCCGGUGGUGAGGCCACCCACCUUGGUGAGGGGCCUGGGGCAGAGGGCUCUGCCGGCCCCGGGUGUGAGGACCUGAAGGCAGAGGCCAAGGAGCAGGUCAUCGACGUGGUAGGAGCGCCGCUCACGCCCAACUCUAGAAAACGAAGAGAGUCCGUCUCCAGUUCAUCUUCUCUGAAGAAAGCCAAGAAACUUUGAUCUGGAUAAAGAAUCAUUGCUUGGGUCAGGGGUGAAUACAUGGAAAGAACAUCGACUAGCUAAAUAUAGGAAACGCUGUUUAUCAUGCUGUGCAGGAACUCUUACUUAUCUACAGGCAAACCACAAUCUCACGGCGGUCCCUGAAAUUCUACCCUUUAUUUGCUGGCAAAUCCAGGUUCCUCGGUUCCUGUCUGAAGCUCCCUUUGCUUAAAGCCACGACCACCACAAUACAGAACUGACUGACAUUCCAUUCAAUUAUCCCUUCCUCGUCGUCGCGGUACCUGAAAUGAAGUUGGAUGAUCUGUAAAUUGCCACGCGGGACUAAUCGGGACACAGGAGAACAGCUGUCCCCGUUUAAUUGAAAUGCGGGCAGACGGCCUAAGUGGCUCUCCGAGGCGAAUCAGCCUUGACGACGGCGUCUCCGUCUUUACACUCUGCGGCCACCCCAUGAGCGCCUUGUUUAUUUUAGCUCCGUGACAUUAAACCAGCGAUGCUUUACUUUAGGACAUGACAGUUCCUCGUGGAGGUGGAGGCUGGUGUGGUUUGCAAUUUACUCUGCCCAGUCAAGACUUACAGCUCCAUUUUCUACUGCAGACUAGUUUGUUGACACUUGUUGGCAGUUCAGCAUAUCAGCUGUCUUUGAAUCCCUGUAAAGGUCACGUUCCCCUGAGCCAGGUUGUCCUGGCCCACCCCUUCUCUCCCCCCCCCCCCCCCCCCAGUUACAUUUUCUGUACCGUUUAUGGAUUCUGACAUCUUGUCAAAUUUACGCUAUGAUUUAAUAAAAAAUCGUUUCUGCUUUUUA